CAAAGGCCAGAUUGGAGGCCAAUUGAAGAGAAGUAUUUCGAUCUGUGAAUGCAGUUGUGGGCUUCAUCAAUCCACAGGAGAGGGCUUAAGAAAUGCGAUGAGCGCAGCUGAAAGCAUCCCUGCCAAAAUGGAAUGCCACACCCCUUCCAAGGUCGUCGGUCAGGUCGAGGCUGGCAUGCAGUACAGCUUGCCUCCGGCUGACAAGUCUGUUGGGUGCUGCUUCAAAGCAUGGAGCGAGUCUAGGAGCGUGCAGACUACAGAGACUCUAGAGCAGUUAACCUCCACCUCAGGCUUCACAAAUGCGAUGAGCCUAGCUGAAAGCGUCCCUGCCAAAAUGGAAUGCCACACCCCUUCUAAGGUCAUCAGUCAGGUCGAGGUCGGCAUGCAGUGCAGCUUGUCUCUGGCUGACAAGUCUGUUGGGAUUUGCUUCAAAGCAUGGAGCAAGUCUAGGAGCGUGCAGACUACGGAGACUCUGGAGCAGUUAACCUCCACCUCAGCAUCGAGGCUUUCUAUUCCUCUGUCAACUGCCAGAUGUGACAACUUGAAGCAAGGACGCCUCCACCAACGUCAAUUAUAUGGCUGUGAGACUGAUGAACUGACUCGCCUGGAAACACGUGCCAGCAUCCAUACUGGCAAGAAGCCAUUUCAAUGUCCUUCAUGCUCUCUGAGUUUCCCACAACAGGCCCACCUGAAAGAGCACCUGCACUCCCACAUAGGCGAGGAGCCAUAUCAGUGUCCUUCAUGCUCUCGGAGUUUCUCAGUAGAGAGCAGCCUUAAGAAACACCUGCGCACCCACAUACAGGAGAAGCUCUUUCAGUGCCCUUCAUGCUCUCGGAACUUCUCAGAAAAGGGCAACCUUAAGAAACACCUGCGCGUCCACACAGGUGAGAAACCAUAUCAGUGCCCUUCAUGUUCUCGGAGCUUCUCAGUAGAGUGCAACCUUAAGAGACACCUGCGCACCCACACACAGGAGAAGCCAUUCCAGUGCCCUUCAUGCUCUCGGAGCUUCUCAGAAAAGGGCAACCUUAAGAAACACCUGCGCGUCCACACAGGUGAGAAGCCAUAUCAGUGUCCUUCAUGCUCGAAGAGCUUCUCAUCUAAGGGCAGACUUACGACGCACCUACGCACCCACACAGGUGAGAAGCCAUUUCAAUGCCCUUCAUGCCUUCAGAGCUUCUCAGAAAAGAGCAGCAUAAAAUCCCACCUGCGCACCCACACAGGCGAGAAGCCAUAUCAGUGCACUUCAUGCUUUCGGAGUUUCACGCGAAAAAACCGACUGAACGAACACCUGCGCACCCACACAGGCGAGAAGCCAUAUCAGUGCACUUCAUGCUUUCGGAGUUUCGCGCGAAAGAAACGCCUGAAUGAACACGUGCGCACCCACACAGAGGAGAAGCCAUUUCAGUACCCUUAAUGCUCUCGGAGCUUCUCAGAAAGGUGCAGCCUUAUGAGACAGCUGCGCACCCACACAGGCGAGAAGCCAUAUCAGUACCCUUCAUGCUCUCGGAGCUUCUCAGAAAAAGCCAAGCUUAUGAGCCACCGGCGCCCUCACACAGAUGAGAAGCCAUAUCAGAGCCCUUUAUGCUCUCGGAGCUUCUCAGAAAAGGACAAGCUUAUGAAACACCUGCGCAUCCACACAGGUGAGAAGCCAUAUCAGUGCCCUUCAUACUCUUGGAGAUUAUCAGAAGGCAAGCUUAUGAGACACCUGCGCAUCCUCGCAGAGGAAAAGCUAUUUCAGUGCCCUUCAUGCUCUCGGAGCUUCUCAGAAAAGGCCAUCCUUAUGAAACACCUGCACACCCACACAGACAAGAAGCCAUUUCAGUGCCCCUCAUGCCUUCAGAGCUGCUCGUUGAAGACUUGCAUGAAGGUACACCAGUGCAUUCAUACAGGUGACCGACCAUACAUGCUCCAAGUCUUAUGCACUUUCAUCACUUGAGCAGACAUAAGUGAGCACAGCAUUAUGAUAUUGUAGGGUAGAUCAACAACCAUGUUGAACUAGAAUCCAAAUUACAAAUUUACAGACGUGUAGCGUGUUGCAUAGUGUUCUGCAUCAGGUAGCUCAAAUGUCUCGAUGUGCUCUUAAAGGAGUCCUGGAAAACUUUUUCAAGUUGCCGUACUUGCUCUAGAUCUUUUGUCAGCAUGUCAGAAAGAAUAGAGCAGAAUAAAUUGUGAAGUGUCCCACACAAAACCGUUAUAGCCGAGAAAAAAUGUAAAAAGUUAAACCUUGAUAUAAUGAAGACGGUAAAAUUAGCAAGGUUUGUUAUAUUGUGGCUUUUCAUUAUCCGAAAAGUAAUCCACGUUCAAUCCUUUCUGAAACAAUACUGUUCGCAUGCCCCUACGAACUAUGUAUCUUCAUUAAUAAUUAUUAUUACACUACAGAUAUCUGACUGAUCUGCUUCUAAGCUCUUCGUUUGCCUUUCUUUUGUCCCAGUAUUCUCUUUUGGUACAUGUGAACUUAUUCUUUUAGGCCAAUGCAUGUGUUUGUUGCUUCUAGGUUCCGGUUUACAUGGUUCAUCCUGGAGAUUCUUUUGAUCUUACUCUAUUCAUGCCUGUUUGGUUUUUCUUUUUUUGCAACUGGGUUCUUAAGAGCAAUUCAUUGUUCAAUAAGCUUUCCACUGGUUGUUUUAUCAGAGCACCAAAUAAAACCAUUUGUUUAAUGAGUA